AUGCCCCUGCGCUCACUCGCAUCCAGACUGCGCAGUGCAUUAACCCCGCUUGUGGCGGAGCGGCUGAAGGAGCAGGAGGAAAAGGUGCAGAAACUCUUAGCAUAUGCGGAACGGCAAGACGUAGUUUCAAAGGAGCGUCGGUUACUGGAAACACUAAGGCACUGCAACCCCGUUGCUGCCAGGGACCGAACCUUAGUGUCUGCGACCCUCGGAUUGCUACCUCAAAGCCGGCCGGGCUCGUUUAUUUGCGGCGUCUCUCUGGUCUGCUUCAAGGCGUCUGUAUAUGGAGAGGCUGCAGCGUUGCUUGCUGACCCGGGCCAGUUUUUCAAAACUCCCGAAGACAUAUGCCGCCUCAUCACAGCUAUUCAGCGUCUGCGGUGGCGUCUUGCGGUUCGCAUCAUCAUGCAUGUACACCCGACUCUACUAUGGCUUCAGCGGAGAGCCUAUUUGAUGAGGAAAAUCAAUCAUGCAUGUACACCCGACUCUACUAUGGCUUCAGCGGAGAGCCUAUUUGAUGAGGAAAAUCAAGGAAGCAGCAGUCACUGCAGCAGUCAGGACACUUCUACUGAGAAAGCAUAUUCUGACGCCCCUAAGGGAAAGGGUCCGGCAUCGGAUUUCAAUUCGCCAUGGUAUAAAAGCAUUGGAGCGUAUAAUGCUGCGGCGGGGCCUACAAACUUGGCGCAGGUGCCGUCAGGCGCUGUUGGUAGCAGAAACAGCAAAGGCUCUUUUGUCCCAGCAACGAGCAAGCGGGAAGAACAUGCCUUCGAAAACACCUAG